GUCACUCUCAUGGACCCUCUUUAACAGACUGUCAGGUCCAGGAGGAGCAGAGAUGAGAGCCACAGCUCCGACAUGUUGGACCGACGCAGAGCCGUGCGUUUAAAACGGAACUAAUUCUGGAUCUAAUGCAUUUGUUCCAGUUCCAGAACAGUGAUGAGUUGGCUGCUGCUGUGGAUUCUGACAGCAGGCGGGAUUCAACAGGCCUUCUCCCAGAAUUCCACCAUCAUGCCGCCUGCCACGGCCGUCUCCUCCACAACCACAGAGCCGUACACCCGGACACAGUACUGCAAAUGGCCCUGCCAGUGUCCCGCAGUCUCCCCCGCCUGUCCGCCGGGCGUCAGCCUCAUAACGGACGGCUGUGACUGCUGUAAAACCUGUGCUCGACAGGUGGGAGAGGAGUGCAACGAGGCAGACACGUGCGACUACCACAAAGGACUGUACUGUGACUACACCUCGGACAAGCCUAGGUACGAAAAAGGAGUGUGUGCAUAUAUGGUCGGAUCAGGCUGCGAGCACGAUGGCGUGAUCUACCGCAACGGGCAGAGCUUCAAACCCAGCUGUAAAUACCAGUGCGUGUGUGUGAACGGUGCCAUCGGCUGUGUGGCGCUGUGCUCAGAGUCCCAGCCCCCCCGGGUGUGGUGCCAGUCCCCACGCCGGAUCAAAGUCCAGGGACAGUGCUGUGAGCAAUGGAUCUGUGACGAGCCCAAGAGAGGGCGCAAGACGGCGCUGCGUCAUGCUGUCGAGGUGUACCCCACUGAGAGCGGGAGCUGGGCGAUGCAUAAGAACUGCAUCGCCCAGACUUCCUCCUGGAGCCCCUGCUCUAAGACCUGCGGCCGCGGCCUGUCCCUGAGGAUAUCUAACGCCAACGAUCAGUGUGAGAUGGUCAAAGAAUCCCGCCUCUGCAACCUGCGGCCGUGUGAGGUCGAUAUCACCAAACACAUCAAGCCUGGGAAAAAAUGCCUGAACAUCUACAGAGAGGAUCAGCCUUCAAACAUCACCAUAUCAGGCUGCACCAGCAAAAAGUUUUUCAGACCCAAAUACUGCGGCGUGUGCACCGACGAGCGCUGCUGCAUCCCCUACAAGUCCAAAACCAUCGACGUGGAGUUUGAGUGUCCGAACGGGACGGGGUUCACCUGGAAGAUGAUGUGGGUCCAGGCCUGUUUCUGUAACCUCAGCUGCAAAAACCCUAAUGACAUCUUUGCUGAGCUGGAAAAUUACUAUGGUUACCCAGAAGUCAUGAACUAAAUCUGUGACCUGUCGCUCAGGUCUCCUCCCUGAGCGGAGCCUCUUGGCUCAGUUUUGACUUUUGUUACUCUGAAGUAUUUUGUUUUUUUCUAAACCUUAAGAUUUUGUACAAAAGGUUUUCUUAAUUCUUUUUGCUACUUGUAAAAAUUGUACAUAUGAAAGUCAUUUUUGUAUAAAAGUAUAUAUACCUCUAAAAUGGACCUAUAAAGCAUGAUGUGCUUUGCAAAUGAAAACAUUAAGUGACUGAGAAAUAAAUGCUUAAUUUAUUAAUGUAGCAUCCAACAUUACAGGUGUUACUGUAGAUGCUGUGUCCAUGAGGUAACCCAGUAGCUAGGUUUGAUAUUGUUGUUAUGAGGGAAGCAUUCUCUAAGGUCAGUGAACACAGUGUCAAACCACACAUGCUCAAUAUAUCAUGACAAGUGCUGUGCAACAACAAACAGUUCAAUAAAGUAAACUCAUACAGUUGAUUAAUUAUAGACAUAAAUAUAAUAUAAUUUGGGUUUUUAAUGGGGUCACUUUUAAGGACAUAACUAUUAUCAAAAGCAGAUCUUUGAAUUUUAUCUAUCUGUCACACACAAGGUCAUUUAUAUAUAUGUAUAUAUAUGUAUAUAUAUAUGUAUAUAUAUGUAUAUAUAUGUAUAUAUAUAUAGAAAGAUUUUCUUAAACAUAUCAGAAAGUUGUACCUGGACCAGAUGCUUUGGUAUCUGUUGACUUCUUUCUGUCAUGGUCCUCUUGGCAGGAUUGGUCCAGCUCGUUUGAUUGGCUGGUGUUUGGAAAAGACCUCGUCUCAAAUGUUUAUAGGGUUGACAAAAACUUGGCAAAAAAUGGGCCUUUCCAGAAAGUUUAAAGUUGGUCUGUUGUAUCCAUUUCA